UCUAUUUGUGGCGUCUUCUCACAAACACUUCGCGUGCUUCCCCGAGCUCUAGCUAAUUCUCGGGUCCUUGGCUUUUUUCAGUGAGUCUCUCUUAAUCUGUUGAGUUGAAGUCAUCAUCGUACGAAGUUUAAUCGGUGGGUUAUUUUGAGCUCGUGAAGAGAAAACAAGAUGAUGGGUGCUUUAUCUGUUGUGGGGGGUUCAUCUGUGAUGGACUCGCAGACUUCGCCAUGUUUGUGUGUGGACGCUUUGCCUACGACGAGUGUGAAUCUCAAGAGUGGAGAUGUUAUUUUGUGGAGGAAUCCAGUGGGGAAGAAGCAGGUAGUGAAAAGUGGGGCCGUGGAUUUGAGAAGCUCCUUCAUUGAUCCAGGGCGAGAGUGGCGGCUCUGUGUCACUAGAAGUUCUAAGAAGCAGCGCAAGGAUCGAAAAUUGGCCAUUUUCAGUGAGCUCGGUGGGCAAUAUGAGGACACUUUUGGUGAUGUUAAGGCGCAAAUACUCAACUAUUUCACUUACAAGGCUGUGAGGACUGUUCUACAGCAGCUGUAUGAGAUGAAUCCACCUAAAUACAGGUGGUUCUACAAUUUUGUUGUAUCAAACAAGCCGAAAGAUGGGAAACUUUUUCUCCGAACCCUCGGGAAGGAGCAUCAGGAACUUGCUGAGAGAGUGAUGGUAACGCGGCUUCAUCUUUAUGGUAAAUGGGUCAAGAAAUGUAAUCACGCUGAGAUAUACCAAGAAAUCUCUGAUGAGAACUUGGCGUUGAUGAGGGAAAGGCUCAUGGAGACUGUAAUAUGGCCCUCGGAUGACACAAACACAGAAAAAAUUGGCUGAUAAUAAGUCAGGACUUCUCAUCUUACCUUUUGUUUUGCUUCCUUUCUAUGUUUUAGCCUCUUCUAAGCUUAGGUUUUGCUUCCUUUCAAUUGUGAGCUUUGCGUUCUGUAAAUUGUGUAUAUAUGUAUAACUUCAUCUAUGAUGAUCCAUGAUUUAGGCAGUUUGAUCCGAAGGAUUUAUAAGUGGGCUA